AUGACUUUUCCAGAACCGAAUCCAGCGGCGAAUACAUCACCUACCGACAUGACAUUUGAAGCGGCGAUUACGUGGAGAAUUCCCCCAUUCUGGACGCACGACCCUGUAUUAUGGUUUCACCACAUAGAAGCCCAGUUUUCUUCUCACCGAGUACUGAGCGAUGCAUCUCGACUGUCGCAUGUAAUCGGUUCUCUAUCACUAGAGAUCAUGAACGUCGUCCGCGAUCUCAUUAUGGCACCACACGGUUCUGUGUCAUACGACACCUUCAAAACGACACUCAUUAACAGAACUUCCGAGUCCCAACGAAAGAGGCUUCACCAACUUCCGACAUCGGAAAAAUUGAGCAAUAGAACGCCUUCCCAGUUUCUACGCAGAAUAAAGCAGCUUCUUGGAGAUGAGAGCCUCCGCAACAAAGUUUUCAAGCAGCUUUUUCUCCAGCGUCUGCCCUCCAACACACAGGUCGUUCUCGCUUCCACACGAGAAUCCACAUCCAUUGAGGAACUGGCAGAGCUAGCAGACAAAAUAGCCGAGGUACCACAUAGGUUUUCCACAGUAUCGACAGUGACGCCAACCGCUCCGACUACCAAUCCUUUCCUUUCGCCGAUCAGUUCUUCUGAAAUUGCGGACUUGCGUUCAUUAAUGACGCAGCAAGCUGCACAAAUACAGACCCUCACAACACAAAUACAGGCCUUAUCGCUUGGUAACCAGUGCCGAAGCAGCAGUCGAUCGCGUCGAUCUAGUAGCCAGUCCCACAGUCCCAGUGCUAGUCGCAACUCACACGACACGUGCUGGUACCACCGAAAGUUCGGAACACUGGCACAGAAAUGUACCACCCCAUGCUCAUUCGCAUCACCCAGUUCGGGAAACGGUACAGCCAGGAAUUGA